GUUUCAGGCCAUGCGAAAGAUGCUCUUAGUCUUGCCCAGAUGCAAGAGCAGACCUUGCAGCUGGAACAGCAAACAAAGCUCAAGGAGUAUGAAGCUGCCAUAGAACAACUGAAGAAUGACCAGAUACGGGUACAAGCAGAAGAGAGACGAAAAACACUUAGUGAAGAAACAAAACAGCAUCAAGCACGAGCCCAAUACCAGGACAAAUUGGCAAGGCAGCGCUAUGAUGAACAGAUGCGACAGCAGCAACUUGCUAAUGAAGAGAAUCUAAGGAAGCAGGAAGAAUCUGUACAGAAGCAGGAAGCCAUGAGGCGUGCUACUGUAGAGCGAGAGAUGGAGCUGCGGCAUAAGAAUGAAAUGCUGCGUGUCGAGGCAGAGGCCCGAGCCCGUGCCAAGGCUGAGCGGGAGAACGCGGACAUCAUUCGGGAGCAGAUCCGCUUAAAAGCUGCUGAGCAUCGCCAAACAGUGCUGGAGUCCCUCAAGACAGCUGGGAUGCUCUUUGGGGAAGGAUUCCGUGCUUUCGUAACAGACUGGGAUAAAGUUACAGCCACGGUGGCAGGCCUAACCCUGCUGGCAGUGGGUGUUUACUCUGCCAAGAAUGCCACAGCAGUAGCAGGGCGAUACAUAGAAGCACGUUUGGGCAAACCUUCCCUGGUGAGAGAAACCUCGCGCAUUACUGUGCUGGAGGCACUGAAGCAUCCUGUCAAGGUUGGCAAGCGGCUUACCAGCAAGGCUCAGGAUGCCCUUGAAGGAGUCGUUCUCAGUCCACAGUUAGAAGCACGUGUGAGAGACAUUGCCAUAGCAACGAGAAACACAAAAAAGAACAAAAGCCUGUACAGGAAUAUCCUUAUGUACGGUCCCCCUGGCACAGGAAAGACACUCUUUGCCAAGAAAUUAGCUGUGCACUCCGGCAUGGAUUAUGCUAUUAUGACGGGUGGUGAUGUUGCCCCCAUGGGGCGGGAAGGAGUUACUGCCAUGCACAAACUCUUCGACUGGGCAAACACCAGUAGGAGAGGCCUCUUGCUGUUUGUGGAUGAAGCGGAUGCAUUUCUGCGGAAGAGGGCAACAGAGAAAAUCAGUGAAGAUCUCAGAGCAACUUUAAAUGCAUUUCUUCACAGAACAGGGCAGCACAGCAACAAGUUUAUGCUUGUUUUAGCAAGUAACCAGCCUGAGCAAUUCGAUUGGGCUAUCAAUGACCGAAUAGACGAAAUGGUGAACUUCGAUCUGCCCCAGCUAGAAGAACGGGAGCGGCUUGUGAGGAUGUAUUUUGAUAGGCAUGUCUUGAAGCCAGCCACAGAGGGUAAACAGCGUUUGAAGCUGGCCCAGUUUGACUAUGGGAAAAAGUGCUCAGAGAUUGCCAGGUUGACAGAGGGCAUGUCUGGCCGAGAGAUCUCUCAGCUUGCUGUGGCAUGGCAGGCUGCAGCUUAUGCAUCAGAGGACGGUGUUCUUACAGAGGCCAUGAUCGAUGCCAGAGUAGCUGAUGCUGUGCAGCAACACAAACAGAAGAUGGAGUGGCUGAAAACAGAGGGUGCUGAAGCAAGCAAAGGGACUGGUGGAAAUCCACUCCUGCCUUUCCCCAAAGGAACACCAGUGUGAGAAGUCUGCAGGCUUCAGACCACCAUGUGUGCAGAAGUGGGCAUGGGAAAAUGCUGGGAGGGUCUUUUGGGCAAAUGUUUGAUGGAGUCAUGUGUCGAGAAAAAUGUGUCCGUUGGUGCAGGGGAGGGGGUACUGCCUCAGUCUG